CUGACCAGGUAUAACUGAUAAUGAAAUAGAAAGACAGAUAACCGCCAACAUAAGGGAGCAGAGUGGAAGGAAGGCUGCAAAGAUCCAUGAGGACCAAAUCUGAGAAAAUCAGAGAGAUGAUGCUUCCACAGCUGCUUCUGAUCACAGUCCUGGGGCUCACACGGACAACAGUAACUGGACUGCCUUGCACUCAGAUGUUCCCCUCUCAGUCGGCCCCUUCAAAUGUUAACAGCGUUACGCCCUCAGAUGUGGCUGUGCUUUCCUCCAUUGGACUUCACAUGCACAGCACUGAGCUGUCUAUGGUGGUAUCAAGGCUCACAGAGCUGAUGACCCUGUUUAAUCCUGGACUCGUCAGUCCUCUCUCAGAUGAAACAAACUUGUAUGCCCCUCAGUUUGUUCAACACAGCACACUGGUGGAGCAGGCAAAGGAAGUGUCCCUCUACCUCCAAAACAAUCAGGCUGUUGAUAUGGAUAGAGAUUGGAAGCUGGUACUUCUCUUUGCUCAGGUGGAUCAGCUCUGUGCUUGUGAGCAGCAGCAGCAGGUGCAGUCUGUCAUUAAAGCCGUGGUUGAAGAGGUGGAUGAUGCUCUGCAGCUGCUGCACUCUCAGCUGAAGAGGACCAUCGUCAGUGUUGCAUUGUGGGAUGGAGAGCGUGGUAGUUUCCACCACAAGAUGUGUCGAUGCACGGAGACACACAAUGAAGGAGAAGACAGACUUCAGAGGGCCAUGUUGAGUCAUGCUCUACAGGAGUCUUUGGAUGAGCUCAUGGUAAAGAAGCGUUGGUACUAUGACAGAGAUGACUUCACUGUCAUUGUGCAGGACGCACCUUUCAUCACAGACCUUACAUCUGUCUCCAGUGGGAAGCAUCUCUCUAAGUCAGCAUCACCAGAAACUGAUAAACUGAUGGUGCAGAUGUGGACAAACCUGCUGCAGCCCACAAGUGGCCAACAUAACACAGAAGACAAUGGAAAGAUCAUCGCAUUGCCAUGUCCAACUGAGGAUCGACCCUUCUUGAGGACAGAGGGAAACUCUCCUUCAUAUCACCACAGCGAUGCCUCUCCUCUCCUCCUCCCAUUUACAGGCACAGAGAUGCCCUGUGAGGACCUCAGCCCCUCACCCUCCACACCCACCUCAGUCCAUGAACUUAGGCCUGGAGAUAUCAAAGUGGUGGCUGCUGUGGGAGACUCUCUGACAGCAGGGAACGGUAUCGCAUCCAGCCCUAACAACGUCCUGGACGUCCUGAGUCAGUACAGAGGUUUAUCCUGGAGUAUUGGUGGAGAUGAAAACCUCACAACUGUCACCACGCUGCCCAACAUCUUAAAACAUUUUAACCACAACCUGACGGGCUACUCUGUUGGGAAGGGCAAGGAGCAAACUCCUCAGGCAUUCCUUAACCAGGCUGUAGCAGGAGCUAAGAGCAAAAACAUACCAACACAGGUGCGAGCCCUGGUGGCAAGGAUGAAGAAGGACUCUAGAAUCAAUUUUGAAUUAGAUUGGAAGGUGAUCACCCUUUUUAUUGGUGGAAAUGACAUAUGUGACCACUGCUACAACUCUCUCCUUUACUCUGAAGAGAAUUAUAUUCGUAAUGUUCGAGACAGCCUGGAUUAUCUACACAAAGAGAUGCCUCGGGCUCUAGUGAACUUAGUAGAGCCUCUCCAUAUUAUCCCACUGAGAGAAAUGCACAGCGACACUUCACUGAAAUGCCCAACUUGGCUCGUAAAUAUUCUGUGUCCUUGUGUUAUUUUGCCAAUGCCCAACUCUGAAGCUCUGCAAAAGGUGGAGGACAUCAAUAGAAACUAUCAGCGUUUACUGCAUGAGCUUGUGGAGUCAGGCCGGUAUGACACCCGCUCAGACUUCACCGUGGUCGUCCAGCCUUUUUUCAGAAGAAUCGUCGUCCCCAGACUGCCGGAUGGCCGUGCAGAUCGCUCAUUCUUCAGUGCUGACUGCUUCCAUCUCAGCCAGAAGGCCCAGACGCUGAUGGCUCGCUCCCUCUGGAACAACAUGCUGGAACCUCUGGGCAAUAAGACUACCAUACAGAAUUUUACUGUAGACCUCGACCUGAAAUGUCCAACUAAGACUUCACCAUUUAUCCGUACCUAUAACAACAGCAAUUACAUAUAUGGUGGCCCCUCUCCAACACCUGGACCUAUCACGAACUGGGGAUCUGAUUUCUCCUGUGUGGACAUUGCUCCAUCUGACACUGUGCCAACUUCAGUUCACAAGCUGAGACCAGCAGACAUCAAGGUGGUGGCAGCACUGGGAGACUCAACAACGGCAGGCACUGGUGCUAAGGCAAAGAACCUGUUUGACCUCAAUAAAGAGUAUAAAGGAGUAUCAUGGAGCAUUGGAGGGGAUGAGACUCUGGAGACAGUCACAACACUACCAAACAUCUUGAAAAAGUUCAACCUCUUCAUAAAGGGCUUCUCCAGAGGCCAAGGCUCCAGACAAAAGUUCUUCAACAUGGCUGUAUCUGGAGCUAAGUCCUCAGAUAUUGCAUUACAAGUCCAAGCUCUCAUCAAGGCCAUUAAAGAAAAUAAGGAGGUGAAUUUUGAAAAGGACUGGAAAAUUGUGACAAUAUUUGUUGGAGGAAAUGAUCUUUGCAAUUACUGCAUAGACCAAAAUAAUCUGUCACCCAAGAACUACAGCCACAAUCUGAUGCUCAGUUUGGACAUGUUAUACAAAGAGGUACCGAGGUUGUUGGUCAAUGUUGUGACAAUCUUGCAGAUAGAUCCAUUGAAAUCAGUUAUGAGGAACACGCUUGGCUGUUCCCUCUUGCAGAGGACCAGCUGUCCCUGUGUUAUCAAUCCAGCUGUAAACUCCCCAGAGCUUGAAGAGAUAAAACAAAUCAAUCGCGAGUAUCAGGCUGAGAUUGAACAUCUUAUUUCUGGAAAUCGCUAUGAGGGAAAAGAAGACUUUGCUGUUGUCCUUCAACCCUUUUUACACAAUUCCUUUAUCCCUUAUAUUGGAGAGGGUGAGGUUGACUCGAGUUUCUUCUCUGUGGACUGUUUCCACAUCAGUGAGCGAGCUCAUGCUGAGAUGGCCAUUGCCUUGUGGAAUAACAUGUUGGAGCCCGUAGGCAGAAAGCAGAACUACAACAACUUCACAUAUGACCGCUCAAAGAUCCACUGUCCCUCUGAGGCCAAUCCCUUCAUCUUCACUAAGAUCAACAGCCUACCAAGUCCACCAGUGACCACCACCAGUCCUGCACCAACCAUACCUGUGCCAAGGUGUCCCUCCUCGAUGCCUGUGUGGGUGCCAGUGAUUGUGGGAAUUGUCAGUUUACUGGCUGGCAUUGUUUUUGCCAGCUGUCAGCGUCGGAAAAACAAAGUGGAGAAAGCAGUAGAAAUGAAAGGAACUGCUUUUGCUGUUGCUGUGGAUAGAGAUUGGAAGCUGGUACUUCUCUUUGCUCAGGUGGAUCAGCUCUGUGCUUGUGAGCAGCAGCAGCAGGAGUCUUUGGAUGAGCUCAUGGUAAAGAAGCGUUGGUACCGUGACAGAGAUGACUUCACUGUCAUUGUGCAGGACGCACCUUUCAUCACAGACCUUACAUCUGUCUCCAGUGGGAAGCAUCUCUCUAAGUCAGCAUCACCAGAAACUGAUAAACUGAUGGUGCAGAUGUGGACAAACCUGCUGCAGCCCACAUGUGGCCAACAUAACAAAGAAGACAAUGGAAAGAUCAUCGCAUUGCCAUGUCCAACUGAGGACCGACCCUUCUUAAGGACGGACGGAAACUCUUUUUCAUAUCACCACAGCGAUGCCUCUCCUCUCCUCCUCCCAUUUACAGGCACAGAGAUGCCCUGUGAGGACCUCAGCCCCUCACCCUCCACACCCACCUCAGUCCAUGAACUUAGGCCUGGAGAUAUCAAAGUGGUGGCUGCUGUGGGAGACUCUCUGACAGCAGGGAACGGUAUCGCAUCCAGCCCUAACAACGUCCUGGACGUCCUGAGUCAGUACAGAGGUUUAUCCUGGAGUAUUGGUGGAGAUGAAAACCUCACAACUGUCACCACGCUGCCCAACAUCUUAAAACAUUUUAACCACAACCUGACGGGCUACUCUGUUGGGAAGGGCAAGGAGCAAACUCCUCAGGCAUUCCUUAACCAGGCUGUAGCAGGAGCUAAGAGCAAGGACAUACCAACACAGGUGCGAGCCCUGGUGGCAAGGAUGAAGAAGGACUCUAGAAUCAAUUUUGAAUUAGAUUGGAAGGUGAUCACCCUUUUUAUUGGUGGAAAUGACAUAUGUGACCACUGCUACAACUCUCUCCUUUACUCUGAAGAUAAUUAUAUUCGUAAUGUUCGAGACAGCCUGGAUUAUCUACACAAAGAGAUGCCUCGGGCUCUAGUGAACUUAGUAGAGCCUCUCCAUAUUAUCCCACUGAGAGAAAUGCACAGCGACACUUCACUGAAAUGCCCAACUUGGCUGUUAAAUAUUCUGUGUCCUUGUGUUAUUUUGCCAAUGCCCAACUCUGAAGCUCUGCAAAAGGUGGAGGACAUCAAUAGAAACUAUCAGCGUUUACUGCAUGAGCUUGUGGAGUCAGGCCGGUAUGACACCCGCUCAGACUUCACCGUGGUCGUCCAGCCUUUUUUAAGAAGAAUCGUCGUCCCCAGACUGCCGGAUGGCCGUGCAGAUCGCUCAUUCUUCAGUGCUGACUGCUUCCAUCUCAGCCAGAAGGCCCAGACGCUGAUGGCUCGCUCCCUCUGGAACAACAUGCUGGAACCUCUGGGCAAUAAGACUACCAUACAGAAUUUUACUGUAGACCUCGACCUGAAAUGUCCAACUAAGACUUCACCAUUCAUCCAUACCUAUAACAACAGCAAUUACAUAUAUGGUGGCCCCUCUCCAACACCUGGACCUAUCACGAACUGGGGAUCUGAUUUCUCCUGUGUGGACAUUGCUCCAUCUGACACUGUGCCAACUUCAGUUCACAAGCUGAGACCAGCAGACAUCAAGGUGGUGGCAGCACUGGGAGACUCAACAACGGCAGGCACUGGUGCUAAGGCAAAGAACCUGUUUGACCUCAAUAAAGAGUAUAAAGGAGUGUCAUGGAGCAUUGGAGGGGAUGAGACUCUGGAGACAGUCACAACACUACCAAACAUCUUGAAGAAGUUCAACCCCUUCAUAAAGGGCUUCUCCAGAGGCCAAGGCUCCAGACAGAAGUUCUUCAACAUGGCUGUAUCUGGAGCUAAGUCCUCAGAUAUUGCAUUACAAGUCCAAGCUCUCAUCAAGGCCAUUAAAGAAAAUAAGGAGGUGAAUUUUGAAAAGGACUGGAAAAUUGUGACAAUAUUUGUUGGAGGAAAUGAUCUUUGCAAUUACUGCAUAGACCAAAAUAAUCUGUCACCCAAGAACUACAGCCACAAUCUGAUGCUCAGUUUGGACAUGUUAUACAAAGAGGUACCAAGGUUGUUGGUCAAUGUUGUGACAAUCUUGCAGAUAGAUCCAUUGAAAUCAGUUAUGAGGAACACGCUUGGCUGUUCCCUCUUGCAGAGGACCAGCUGUCCCUGUGUUAUCAAUCCAGCUGUAAACUCCCCAGAGCUUGAAGAGAUAAAACAAAUCAAUCGCGAGUAUCAGGCUGAGAUUGAACAUCUUAUUUCUGGAAAUCGCUAUGAGGGAAAAGAAGACUUUGCUGUUGUCCUUCAACCCUUUUUACACAAUUCCUUUAUCCCUUAUAUUGGAGAGGGUGAGGUUGACUCGAGUUUCUUCUCUGUGGACUGUUUCCACAUCAGUGAGCGAGCUCAUGCUGAGAUGGCCAUUGCCUUGUGGAAUAACAUGUUGGAGCCCGUAGGCAGAAAGCAGAACUACAACAACUUCACAUAUGACCGCUCAAAGAUCCACUGUCCCUCUGAGGCCAAUCCCUUCAUCUUCACUAAGAUCAACAGCCUACCAAGUCCACCAGUGACCACCACCAGUCCUGCACCAACCAUCCCUGUGCCAAAGUGUCCCUCCUCCAUGCCGGAUGGGUGCCAGUGAUUGUGGGAAUUGUCAGUUUACAGGCUGGCAUUGUUUUUGCCUGGCUAAUUCUCUCCAGCUGUCAGCAUCGGAAAAACAAAGUGGAGAAAGCAGUAGAAAUGAAAGGAACUGCUUUUUAAUGCAAUUGUUGUUAUGAAGCUGUAUUUAUUGUCAACAGUAUAUUUAAGCUAAAAACUGCAUUAAGCAUUUUUUUUUUUUUUACCACUAGAGGACUCCAGAAGAAACAUCCAGCAGAAACAGCAACAAUGAUGUCAUUACAGUCCUCUUUCUUGUUAUCGGUUGACUUCAAGUCCACUAUUCAGAUGCAUUGUAGCCCUGGUUUGGUCUACCAAUUCAUGCUUCUUUGUUGUUUACCUGGUUGUUUGUUCAAAAGCUGUUUAAUUUAGCUCUCUGUUGUUUCACUUGAUGCAGGUAUUGAACAGCCAGCUUGUCUGAAGUUGUGGAAGCAAAUGGUGUCUGUUUAAUGUGAGGGGUGUCAGUGUGAGCUAUUGAAAUUCAACCAUUGUAAAAAUCACCUAGAAAGCUACAGAGCUGCAGACUGGGAUGUAGAUUCUCAGUUAGAGUGGCAGUACUGGCAGCCUGUUCACUUUAUAGAAACUAAUGUGAUUAUAACUGUAUUAACAAAAUAUCAACAAGUAGCCUAUAUAAAAUAUUUAUAAUUUUUGAACUGCACAGAAUUUGUUAAAUGCAUAAUUUAUAUUAAUUUCUCUUCUCAUUUUUAUUCAUUGAUGAAAAAAAAUUGCAACAAUAUUUGAGCCAUUGUUGAUUGACCUUGUAAACAAUAGUGUCCUACCCGCUUGAUGGUGUUUUUUGCCUCCAACGGCGCCUUCCAGGCAGCUAACCCUAACCUUAACCCUAAACAUAACCAUUGCCGCACUGCCUGGGAGGAGACGUUGGGGGCAAAAGACACCAAAUACCGUCCUACCCACUGAUGUGACUUUUUUAGCCAUGCUAGCAGGGUGGCUCUAGGGAUUUAGUCCAGACUGAAAUAUCUCUGCAAGUGUUUGAUGGAUUUCCAUUAAAUUUUGUCUAGAAA